UUUACACCAUAAGCUUAUGAUUGGACACUGGUAACUAGUGUGAUGUGUAUGUCUAAUCCUUUUCUUGGUGCAGACUAAAUUCUAUCAAUUAGGUUUGCAACGUGGCCACUACUCUAGGCAGUUCGCUAUCACAGUGCACGUCUCUGACUGUAGCACUGGAGGACGCGGAUUCGAAUCUCAGAGGGGCUGAACAUGCGUUCCUUCAAGGUUGCAUAUACGCCUUGCUGACUAGUGAGUGCCAACUAGCACGAAACCUAGGUCAAGCAAGGUUUCCUGUGGCCGAUUGCCUCCAACCAUCUAAUAUCGUCAAAGAAAUGUAUAGACGAUAGUCAGAUGGUGUUGAUAUGGGAUCACCACUAGGUCAAAUCAUGGCGGAUUUUUCCCUGGAGAAACUACAGAAGGCUCCACUUAGAGAUGUAGCAUAUAAUCUUGAUUUCUAUUGCCGAUAUGUCGAUGAUAUAUUUACAGUUGUAAAGAAAGAAAGUGAGACUAGGGACAUAUUGGAGAAAUUUAAUAAAGCACAUCCUGGCAUAAGCUUCACUAAAGAAGAGGAAGAAAAUGACUCUAUCUCCUUCCGAGACGUCCUAAUGACUGAGCGAACACACAGAACCUACUUCAACUGGACAAUAUACUUACUUUCUGAGCUUCGUACUGAUACAAUUUAAAUGUUUGGUUCACUGGACGAGAGUUAUCUG